AUGGGUUCUUGUGCUGUGACGGCAAGCUGUUUCUGUACUGUUACAGAUUCUAGUUUACGUUUGAAAUCCUCCAAGCUCGUCAAUCCGAGUAAUCAGCAGAGAAGAUGCUCUCUUCCGUCUCGAGGUGGUUUAAAGGUUGAAGCUUACUAUGGUCUAAAGACUCCUCCUUAUCCACUUGAUGCUUUGGAACCUUAUAUGAGUAAAAGAACACUAGAAGUGCAUUGGGGCAAACACCACAGAGGUUAUGUGGACAAUCUAAACAAACAGCUAGGGAAAGAUGAUAAACUCUAUGGAUACACCAUGGAAGAGCUUAUCAAGGCGACGUACAACAAUGGGAAUCCUUUGCCUGAGUUCAACAACGCUGCGCAGGUCUAUAACCAUGAGUUCUUCUGGGAGUCGAUGCAACCUGGUGGUGGAGACAUGCCUCAAAAGGGUGUUCUUGAGCAGAUUGAGAAAGAUUUCGGUUCCUUCACAAAUUUCAGAGAGAAAUUCACUAAUUCAGCUCUUACUCAGUUUGGUUCCGGCUGGGUCUGGCUCGUCUUGAAGAGGGAAGAGAAAAGACUUGAGGUGGUCAAAACCUCAAACGCCAUUAACCCACUUGUGUGGGACGAUUUUCCAAUCAUCAGCUUGGAUGUGUGGGAGCACUCUUACUAUCUGGACUACAAGAACGAGAGGGCCAAGUACAUAAACACGUUUCUGAACCACUUGGUGUCGUGGAACGCUGCCAUGAGUCGGAUGGCUCGUGCUGAGGCGUUUGUGAAUCUUGGCGAACCAACCAUCCCAAUUGCCUAA